AUGAGAAUCCUUUUGAUGGGGAUUAGGUGAAAUAACCUAUUUUUUAGUAUAUAAGAAAGAGAGAAAAACACAUAAGAAUACCCAUGCAUUUGCCCAAAUAAAGAAUGGAAGUAAAUUAUCAAAGUUUAAGAGCGUAUGAGUGAUAAUUAAUGAUUAGAAAUCAGUAAAUUAAUGUUAAUGGCAACUAAGAUGAAAGAUAAUUAAGAUGAAAAUGGCUUGAAAAGAAAGCAGAGAAAAAUAGAAUUAUGUGAUGAAAUUAUAGAUGAGUUGAUAGAUAUUAUAUUAUUUUUAGAAAAAGUGAUGAAUGAUUGUGUAAAAAUUAUUAUGAUAUACUAAGGGCAAUUAAAAUUAAAUCUAUGAAUUAUACAAGUAAAAGUAACAAUAGAUUUAAGAAGUUGCAACUUAUUUGUGGUCAAAGGGUGAUUAGUUAUUAAGAUGUAGGUUUGAUUGAGGAAAAGAAUCUUAAGAGAAGAAAAAAAUAUAGCAUCAAAUUAACUCUAAAAGAAGAAAUCCAGCUACUUUUUGCAAAUUUUUAUUGACUAAAAUAUUCCAAUCAUGCUUU